AUGAGAGUUAUUACUGUUUUAUUGGUAACUGCUUUGGCCAUAUCCAGACUAUAUGUCCAGCCUUGGUUCUCAAUUAUUUCAGAUUGCGAUGAAACCUUUAAUUAUUGGGAGCCAUUGAAUCUGCUUCUACGUGGAUUUGGUAAACAAACUUGGGAAUAUUCCCCAGCAUAUGCCAUUAGAUCAUGGGCAUUUUUAUUGCCAUUCUAUGGUGUUCUGUACCCAAUCAAGAAGUUUGAAUUAAUAGGACAAGAUGGUACAAUGUACUUCUAUAUUAUAAGAGCCUUUCUCGGAUUACUCAGUUUUCUUUUCGAAUUCGAUCUAUUCAAAGAAAUUCAAUCUACUAUAUCUUUACGAAUCGCUGAUAUGUGGUUGUUUAUUCAACUUUUUAACCCAGGUUGGUUCCAUGCCAGUGUAGAAUUUUUACCAUCUUCUAUUGCAAUGAUUUUUUAUUUGGGUUCAAUAAAAUAUUCGUUACGCUAUUUAUCCUCUAAUCGAAAAUCAUGUUUAGUAUCCAGUUUAGGGUUUAACUUUACUGCUGCUAUUUUAGGGUGGCCAUUCGUUUUAGUGUUAUCGGUUCCUUUGUGUUUGCAUUUCUUACUUACUCAUAGAUUAAUGUCAACAAUAAGAGUAUCUUUUGACUGUUUAGUGAUUUUCUUAACUAUUGCAAGUAUAGUCAUUGGGAUAGAUUCAUCAUUCUAUGGUAAAUUUUCCCCUGUUUCAUGGAAUAUAUUAUCUUACAACGUUUUGGAAGCUGAUGAAAGCUCUGGUCCAAAUAUUUUUGGUAUCGAGCCAUGGUACUAUUAUUUACUGAAUUUAUUAUUAAAUUUCCCUCUACCUGUUCUUGGAGGUGUUUUAUUUGGUAUUUUUAAUUGGAGGCUAUGGCCUCUAUCAUCGUCACUUUUAUUAUGGCUAGUGAUUUUUACUUUACAACUACAUAAGGAGGAAAGAUUCUUAUAUCCUAUUUACGGAUUAAUAAGUUUAUCAUCUGCAGUAGGAUUAUAUCAAUUAGUGACUAUAUUUUCUGGAAGGAAAAAAGUAUUGAAACGUAUGUUUAGUUUUAUUAUUUUACUUGGAAUUUUAUUACAAGCAUCAUCAAGAAUUAUUGCUCUACUAAAAAAUUAUUCUGCUCCAUUUGAGACAUAUUCCAAAUUAUACGAAAAGAUCGAUUCUGAUAAGCAUACAAACGAUAUUAUUAAUGUUUGUACAGGUAGAGAGUGGUACCAUUUCCCAAAUUCCUUUUUUUUACCAGACAACUAUAGAUUAAGAUUCGUAAAAUCAGGAUUUGAUGGUUUGUUACCUGGAGAUUUUGAUGAAUCUAACUCAUCAAUCUUUCAAAAAGUAAGAAAGUUACCAGAAAAUAUGAAUAAUAAAAAUAUCUUUGACCCUAAUAAGAUUUGGGAUGCGGAAAACUGUGAUUAUUUUAUUGAUUUGAUGAUUUCAACUGAUAUUGAACAAGAUGUACUAAAUCCAAAUUCAUUAUCAGCAGAAUGGAGUAAAGUAAGCUGUUCUGAAUUUAUUGAUGUUGAUAAUUCAAAAAUUUUUGGAAGAGCAUUUUACAUUCCAGAGCCAAUUCUCAAUAUAUUAUCUAAAUUUAUUACCCCUAGCAUCAAUAAAUGCUAUGGUGUGAAUUAUAUAGAUUACUGUUUAUUCGAGAAAGAUGAUAAUAUUGUCAUGGAAGAAUCAGCAAAUGUAUAG